UUAACAAUGUCGAUUGAGCUCAAGCUUUCCCGGGUUAAUCGAGUCUAUCGUCCUUCUGAGGUUGUUGAAGGCAAAAUCAUAGUGAAAUCUUCGUCUUCGAUCUCCCACUAUGGAAUUCGGAUCGCGGUUGAUGGGUCUGUCACUCUGCAGGUUCGGGGAGGAUCGGCCGGAGUUAUCGAGAGUCUGGUUGGUGCUGCCAAGCCUAUUUCUAUUCUGAACAAAAUUGUUGAGGUUAGACCUGCUGGGAAGAUUGCUUCAGGCAUUACCGAGAUACCAUUUUCCAUGAAUAUCAGGCAACCGAGAGAAGAGAACCUCGAAAAGUUCUAUGAGACUUUCCAUGGAGGAAAUAUUAACAUUCAGUAUUUAGUAACUGUAGAUAUAUCGAGAGGGUACCUGUAUAAGUCAUUAUCGACAACCAUGGAGUUCAUAGUUGAAAGUGAUAAGGCUGAUGCUAUUGAGCGACCAGUUUCUCCGGAGAUGGUUGUCUUUUACAUUACUCAGGAUACUCAAAGACAUCCACUACUUCCUCAACUGAAAUCAGGUGGAUUUCGAAUUGUUGGGAAGAUGGCCACUCAGUGUUCCUUAACGGAUCCUGUUAGUGGUGAACUGACAGUAGAAGGAUCUGCAGUUCCAAUUUCUUCCAUUGAUAUACACUUGCUUCGUGUAGAGUCAAUCCUUCUAGGGGAUAAAAUUGUGACCGAGAAAUCUGUGGUUCAGACUACACAGAUAGCAGAUGGAGACGUCUGUCAUAAUAUGACUCUGCCCAUACAUGUUAUACUUCCCCGUCUUUUGACAUGUCCUACAGUCUCAGCAGGGCCAUUCUCGAUUGAAUUUAAAGUCGUCAUAGUCAUAACAUUUCAGUCAGAGGUAGCCAAAUUGCAUUCGAAGUCUGAUCCUACAACUCCCAGGCUAUGGCUUGCAAUGGAGAGUCUACCGCUUGAACUCGUUAGAACAAGGUGAUAUGAGCUGGAGAAAGGUUACAGACAGGAUUGAUACUUCUACACUUACAGAGGGUUCAUUGCACUCCUCUCUUCCCACAUUUGACCUAUCCUGGUCAGGACUCCCCAGUUGUUAGUCCUCUUGGCGUUUGUGUCAAGUUUAUUCAGCUUCAUGACCUUGCCGAAAAGGAAUACACAUCAGCACGUACAUUCGAAAUAUGGUCAUAUUAGCCUUAACUAGUUGAGUCCAAUUCCUUGUAUGGGUAUCCGCUGAACCUUAAUAUGCUGAUCUUUUAUAAUUUUUGAGUUCGAAACCAGAAAUCUUUGAUGAUUGUCCACAUAUGUUA